UGCAUUAUCCUGUUCCCUAUAUUCUUUCACCGCGGGGUCUGGGAAGAACAGUGUUGGUUUUACGCAAACCGUGUAUCAGGUAAACUACAGCUGGGAGACCAUCGCCCUGGAUCGUCCUGCACAAAACAUCUUGCACCGCGCAACAAUAAGCACCUUUGUGAAAUGGGCGUUGACGGAGAAAGCAGGGAGCAGUUGGACACCAAACUCAAUUGAAAGAGUUCCUCCUCGUAGCCUCACUCAGGGACACUUGUCACUUCCACACCGCAGUUAUAGAGUUCUACCUCGUGAUGCGUAAAUGGAUUCAUGUUUGGUUUUGUCCGGUGUAUUUCUGCAGGGCAGAGAGUAUAAAGUUGACGGAGUUAAACUCAUCACAUGAGCUCCAAAAAAAGCAAACUAGACGUGAAGCACCGAGAGUAACACAAAAGUUAUCUUAUUUCUAGAGUGUUAACUGAGCCUUCUGUUUUUUUUAAACGCCUUAACUCGCAGUGUUCUCGACCCUCUCGCAUCACACCCCCUUGGUUAUUCCGUUUGAAUGCUAGUUAAAAAUCUUUAGAAAAUAUUUUUAAAACCAACGUGGCAAGGACGAUGGACCCUGCCUGUGGGAAAGUGGGGACGGCGUCUUUAGUUGCCGGUGGCGGAACCGGUGUGAGUGAGAAGGCGCCCAAACAUCUGUGGAGGCAGCAGAGUCAGGCAGCGCUCUCUCCGCUCCACCACGCGCUGGUAGUGCGCAAGAACGACCGAGUGAGACAAAGAGGCUUUUCGGACACCGAGAGAUACCUCAAACCGAGGAACAUGGACCGGACUUAUGCAGUGGACACGGGGCACCGACCCGGGCUGAAGAAAUCCCGGAUGUCCUGGCCGUCAUCGUUUCAAGGUCUUCGACGUUUUGAUGUGGACAAUGGCACGUCAUCAGGUCGCAGCCCCCUGGACCCAAUGGCCAGCCCAGGCUCAGGCCUUAUCCUGCAGGCCAAUUUUGUCCACAGCCAACGGAGAGAGUCGUUCCUCUACCGCUCCGACAGCGACUACGAUCUCUCACCAAAGUCUAUGUCCCGAAACUCCUCCAUUGCCAGUGAUAUUCAUGGUGACGAUAUGAUUGUAACUCCAUUUGCACAGGUUCUUGCCAGCUUGAGAACUGUACGAAACAACUUUGGUGCAUUAACUAAUCUACAGCAAGACCGAACAUCCAAUAAGAGAUCACCCAUGUGUAACCCACCACCUAUCACCAAGACCACCUUCACAGAGGAGGCCUACCAGAAACUGGCCACUGAGACCCUGGAGGAGCUGGACUGGUGCCUGGACCAGCUAGAGACACUACAGACAAGACACUCAGUCAGUGAGAUGGCCUCCAACAAGUUCAAGAGGAUGCUGAACAGGGAACUGACUCACCUAUCAGAGAUGAGCCGCUCUGGGAACCAGGUGUCUGAGUUCAUCUCCAACACCUUCAUGGACAAGCAACAUGAAGUGGAGAUGCCAUCCCCUCACACGCAGAAGGAGAAGGAGAAGAAGAACAAGCCUAUGUCUCAGAUCAGCGGGGUAAAAAAGCUGCAACAUUCCUCCAGCCUCACAAACUCCAAUAUCCCUCGCUUUGGAGUCAAGACAGAGACUGAGGAUGAACUCGCAAAGGAGCUGGAACAUGUGAAUAAAUGGGGCCUUAACGUUUUUAAAAUCUCAGAGUUUUCUGUGAAUCGGCCACUGACAGUCAUGAUGCACACAAUAUUCCAGGAGAGAGACUUGUUAAAAACUUUUAAAAUUCCACUUGACACCUUUAUAACGUACCUGAUGACCUUAGAAGACCAUUAUCAUGGCGAUGUGGCCUACCAUAACAACAUUCAUGCUGCUGACGUCACCCAGUCAACUCACGUGCUGCUAUCCACCCCCGCCCUCGAGGCUGUGUUCACAGACCUUGAGAUCCUAGCUGCCAUCUUUGCCAGUGCAAUUCACGAUGUGGACCAUCCUGGAGUCUCCAACCAGUUCCUCAUUAACACCAAUUCAGAGCUAGCACUGAUGUACAAUGACUCAUCGGUGUUGGAGAACCACCACCUAGCAGUUGGUUUCAAACUCCUACAGGAGGAGAAUUGUGACAUCUUCCAAAACCUGACCAAAAAACAAAGACAGUUACUACGAAAGAUGGUCAUUGACAUUGUGCUAGCAACAGACAUGUCUAAGCACAUGAACCUACUGGCUGAUCUGAAAACUAUGGUAGAAACCAAGAAGGUGACCAGCUCCGGUGUCUUGCUGCUGGACAACUAUUCAGAUAGGAUACAGGUUCUUCAGAACAUGGUGCACUGUGCAGACCUCAGCAACCCCACUAAGCCUCUCCAGCUAUACCGGCAGUGGACAGACCGCAUCAUGGAGGAAUUCUUCAGCCAGGGUGACCGAGAGAGGGAGAGGGGCAUGGAGAUCAGCCCCAUGUGUGACAAACACAAUGCUUCAGUAGAAAAGAGCCAGGUUGGUUUUAUAGACUAUAUUGUUCAUCCUUUGUGGGAAACGUGGGCUGACCUGGUCCAUCCGGACGCCCAGGACAUCCUGGACACAUUGGAAGACAACAGGGAGUGGUACCAAAGCACCAUCCCCCAAAGUCCAUCUCCUGCACUGGAUGAGCCUGAGGACGGCACUCGGCCCCCAGGAGGGGACAAGUUCCAAUUUGAGCUCACCCUAGAGGAGGACGGGGAGUCAGACACUGAGAAAGACAGUGGUAGUCAGCCAGAGGAGGAGGAGGAAGAAGAAGAUGAGGAGGAGGAGGAAGAGGAUGAGAACAGCUGUACUGACUCUAAAACACUCUGUACACAGGACUCUGAAUCAACAGAGAUUCCUCUGGAUGAACAGGUGGGGGAGGAUGAGGAAGAGGAGGAAGCAGAAGAGGGGGAUACCCCUUGCUCACAACCAUGUGUAGCGGAGGGAGAUGUAGCGGAGGAGGAGGAAGAGGAGAAAGAGAAAUCCCCCGACACAUAGCAGUUUAUGGAUAGCACCUGAUUAACUGCUCUUCUUAGUAAUGACAGAUGAUAAUUUAUAGAAUAUUUUUUUGGGUUUUGUGGAGUCUGUGUUUUUUAUACAUCUCUAUUGAUGGUUCCAAAGCGUGCGCUGCUCUCCACUUUGGCCGCUCCUCCAGUCAGCUUUGUUCUGACACGCCCACCGGUACUUCAAGUUUUUUUGCACUCAGGAAAACUCCUUUCCAUUCCCAUUUGUACUGAGGUGGUGUGUCUUUAUUUUCCUUCUGCACUCCCCCCCCCUCCCCACUACAAGCUUAAGUUUAGG